AUGUCAUACUAUUUCGCCAUCAUCGGAACCCUCGACAAUCCGCUCUUCGAAUACGAAUUCGGCACCGCCAAACAGGGUGGUGAUGGAAUCGCCAGGUUCGCAGAGCAGGCGAGACAUAUGAACCAGUUCAUCGUUCACAGCAGUCUGGAUAUUGUAGAGGAAGUUCAAUGGGGUAGUGGGCAAAUGUAUCUAAAAUGUAUAGACCGCUAUUACAAUAACUACGUAUCCUGUUUCAUGACAGGCGGCAACGUGAAAUUCCUCCUCCUCCACGCACCAUCAACGCCUUCCACCAAUACAACCCGCGCCUCAACAUCCAUCGCAGCAAACCCCACAUCACCACAGACCGAAGAAGCCAUAAAACAGUUCUUCGGGGAGGUCUACGAGAACUGGGUAAAGACGAUCAUGAAUCCUUUCUAUAAUGUAAAUGCCGAGGUGAAAAGCCCGAUAUUUAGGUCUAGAGUUGUGGCUGCGGGGAAGAAGUAUUUGUGA